AGCAGCAUACCAGGUACACCCUUCACGCAGGCAUACAAGCCAGCUUCAUAGGUAAUUCUCCAUUCCUUACAUGUUUGGUUUACAUUCAGGAGCUCUCAGACAGAAUGGGUAUGGCAAUCAAAGAAAGUUUUGCAAAUGGCACAGCCAGUCAACCAAGUCACAAUCCACAUGACUCAGCUGAAAAGAAACUUAUUCAUCAAGACAUCAACACUCUUUUGGUUCGCAUUAAACUCCGUGGGGUCAAUGUUACAGAAGAAAAAUGCGAAGCUAUAACACAAGACCUUCUUGCUUUGCUGUAUGGAACUGAAAUUCACAAUGAAGGCCUCCCACAGAAAGAAAGUUUAGCAUCACACACAACCUCACAAGGUGUGGAGUCAGAAACCAAAUUCAAGCAAGGUGAUAACUCACAAUGUGACAGCAUCACAACAGAGAUGACGAACGGUUCUUCAGAGAACGGUUCUUCAGAAGACGGCUCAUCAAAAAACCACUCUUUAGAAGAGAAGCUUGAUGACCAAACAGGAACACCUUCAAACGACAAAGACGAGAUGAGCAAUGGUGAAAGCAAGUCAAGUCCACCAAGUAUUUCUGAACAAGAAGAAAUGAACACUUCAUCAACUCAGUUGGCUGACACACUCAAAGCAUCAGAAGACGCCAAGACAAGUGAUGACACUUUACAAUCAGACUGUGAAUCUGACAUCCCAUCGAAACAAGCUGAAGAAACAGAAACUUCUACAGCAUCAGGAUGUGCCACUGAAGAUGAUAGUCAUGUGAGUGAGAUGCUACAGCAUCAAGAUGUCAAUUACCAAGAAGACACAACGUCAUCUUCCUUGCCAGAGUACUGUGUGAGCAAUGAGUCAAGUCUUGACUCCAACACAGUAACAACAGCUGCCUCACUGACAUUUGAGCUCACCUCAACACAAGACAAAACCACAUGUCCAGAAGAGCUACCAGAUAGUCCUGCAGUUCAUCUCUCAAGUUCAUUUUGUAACACAUCUUCAAACAGUGACCAAUGGGAUACAUCUACAUGUAGUGGCAGUACAUGUAGCAUUCAUGAAGAUGCUCCAGAAACAGCACCUCCCAGCAUUAGCAAUACGGGUAAUAGUGAUAUGGCACAGCCACGUUACCCACAGCUGUAUUGUGAACCUCCACAAUACAGCAAGGGAAGAGGAAGUUUGCCAUCCCUUUCUGCCCAACGAUUACAAAAGAGUCGAUCUCGACAAAUAGAAAAUGAAACCAACUUCUGCCUACGAUGUGACUACCUGUACGACCGACAACCUAUUCACAGCUUCACUUCAUUGCUCCAACAGGAGCACCAAGAGUUACGCAACCAAACUCUGGAACAUUAUAUGUGUCAUUAGUCAUUACCCCCAAUGAAAUCCUUCAACUCCGGAUCCAUUCACUCAUCAUCAUAAUCGCACCUUGAUAGAUGAGAUGAUGUAGAGUGUUGACUAUUGUGACAAUGUCUAUGUGCUAGUUACUAGAUUUUAUUUCUAUAAUCUCUUGAUGUAUCCUACAAACGUUACUCCUUUACAUUAUUUUGUUAAUCACUUCAGUAAAGUUAGCAGAUCCUCACAAUUUGUGCUAAGAAACAAUACAACAUGCAAUCCUA